AUACAGAAGAAUCAAAGUUUUAAAGUCUUCUGUACCUUUUCUCUCUCUCUCUCUCUCUCUCUCUAUAUAUAUAUAUAUAUAUAUAUAUAUGUGCACCUGUCUUUCAUGGAAGGAAAUUGGUCCUCCUUCUCAGACUGCCUUGGGAGAUCAUGAAGCAAAAGAUAGUGAUCAGAGUGCAGAUGAACUGCGACCGGUGCCGAUCGAAAGCCAUGAAAACUGCUGUGGGGAACCAUGGCAUCGAAACAGUAUCGAUCGAAGGAGAGGAGAGGGAUCUUUUGGUGAUCAUCGGGGAGAGAGUCGAUUCGGUCGCGCUAGCCUGCUCUUUGAGGAAGAAGCUACACUGUGCAGAUAUACUGACUGUGGAGGAAGUGAAGGAGAAGGAGGAGGAGAAGCCAAAGGAGAAGCAAGAGGAGGACAAAAAAGAUGUUCCACUGCCUCAUCCGGUCAUUAACCCUUCGUAUCUCCCAGCAUAUUGUGUGAUUUUUGACCCUGAACCAAGUACUUGUUCCAUCCAGUGACUUCACUGCCUGCGCUGGUGCCAUGAACACAUUGUUCCAUCAAUUAAUAGGCACUGUUAAAUUGAUGCUUGUGUUGGAUUUUUUUUCUGAUGAACUGAAGCUGCUGAUGAACCUGCAGCCACUCUUUAUCUGUAACUCUCAGCUUCACAUCAUGUAAGAAGCAUAUAUGAGAGAGAUCCUGCUGUAAUCAGUAAGGUCUUCCUGGAAUAAAACAGUUUUAGCACUAA